AUGUGCAUUCAGCGCUUCGAUGCAUUAAAGUCUCUUUGGACCACCUUGCCACCCGCGCCGACACCUCGGCGUGGAUUCAACAACUGGCCUGCCAUAGCUUGCCUCGAGGGGCACAUCUAUGUUUGCGGCGGCAGUAGCGACGACGAGAACUAUUUAAGCGGCGUGGAUUGCUUCGACCCGCUGACCUUCAAGUGGGAGUCGUUGGGAACGAUGGGAACGCCGCGAGCCGGAGCAGCUGCUGCAGCCUUGAGAGGUCAGCUCUAUGUUUGUGGUGGUGAGACGGGCACCUCUGGAAUCAACGACUUCUCAGCGCUCGACACUGCCGAGCGGUUUACGCCACGUGUGGGCUGCUGGGAGAGCCUGCCUCCAAUGUCCGAGCCACGGGGUGGGGACGCCAAUGGCGACCCCAACAUCGCUGCUUGUGUCCUUGGCGAUUUUCUUUACGUGCGGGGAGGGCACGAAGUCGACAGUAUGGAGCGCUUCAAUCCAUCAACACAUUCCUGGGAGAGCUUGCCACCGAUGAGGACACCCAGGUACUAUGCUGCCAUGGUUGCCUUCAGCAGCCGAAUUUAUGUAUGCGGUGGUAAGGACGACUAUGAUGCUGAGGACUUGAAGUCUGUGGAGGCUUUCAAUCCCGCUCUGGGAUGUUGGGAGGUGGUACCCUCCAUGAAUAUCCCAAGAGCGAAUGCUGGCGCCGUAGCCUCUGAAGGCUACAUCUACAUGUGCGGAGGUCGAAUAUAUUCUGACAGUGGCCCCUCGAGGUCUCUGCGGUCGCUUGAGCGCUAUUGCUUGUCAAGGUGCGCUUGGGAAACUCUGCCGGCAAUACCUGCCGAGUGUGUUGAGCCACACUCUAUUCUCCUGGUUUAG